UAAAUUGCAAAGGAAGCGCCUCUUCACGGAGAUACUUGGAAUUAGUGAUCGAUAGAAAAUAAAGUGUCAGAGGUGAUCGUGGAGGAUUCACAUCGAAAUAGAUAUAAAAAAUGGAUUUAAAUGUUAAAAAAUUAGUAAAAGAUGCUGGUGCUGCACUUAGUAGGGUUGUGCAGUUAACAGAAGAAACAUUAGGAACAUCUGAAAAAACUGAAUUAGAUGCACAUUUAGAACAUCUUGCAGAUAGAGCAAAUGCAACUAAAACAUGGACUGAAAAAAUUCUUAGGAAUAUGGAAGCAGUACUUACUCCAAAUCCAGGCAAUAGAAUUGAAGAUUUUUUUUAUGAAAAGAUUGAUAAGAAGAAACCUAACAGAUUGAGUAAUCUAGAAUAUGUAGGCAUGGAUAUGAUAGAAGCAGGAAACAAUUUUGGUCCAGGAAAUGCUUAUGGUAGUGCAUUAAAUAAAGUUGGACAAUGUCAACAAAAGUUAGGACAAAUUGAAAGAAGUUUCAUUAAAGAUGCAGCAAUUUGUUAUAUACAACCUUUAAGAAAAUUUUUAGAAAGUGAAAUGAAAACUGUUACUAAAGAAAUGUCAAUAUUGGAAAAUAAGCGAUUAGAUUUAGAUGCAUGUAAAAAUCGAGUAAGAAAAGCAAGAAGUAUGUUGGGUCAACAGAGUGAGUCUGGGGUAUCUCCUGAAGUAUUACUUGAUCAGGCAGAGAGGGAGUUGAGAGUAGCACAAUCGGACUUCGAUCGUCAAGCAGAGAUUGUAAAGUUAUUAUUGGAAGGAGUUUCAAGUUCUCAGGCAGGACAUUUGCGUUGCUUACAUGAAUUUGUUGAAGCACAAGCGCGGUAUUAUGCUCAAUGUCAUGCAACAAUGCAAGAUUUACAACGUGAACUUGCUGGCUUAUCUGGGGGUCCUUAUCAUCCGACUACCCUAUCAACAUCCAAUGUAUCAGGGAAUGAUGAUGAACAACUUGCAAGGGUAUUAUGCGAUUUUUCUGCAAGCAAUUCUGAAGAAUUAAGCGUCGUACAAAAUGAGGUAAUUACAAUUAUUGAAAUACCUGGUGAUGAGGACUAUGUAAUGGGAAUAAGUGGAUCAAAACGAGGAAAAAUACCCGCAGCAUAUUUAGAAUUGAUUAAUAUUUAUAAAUGAAAAACUUGCCAAUAAUUAUUCUUAAUGAAUAUUCCUUGUACUUAUACUUUUGCUUCUAUUUUCUUUAAAUUGAACACUAUAAUUAUAUUUUAUCUUGUACAAGUUUUAGAAGUAACUGCCAAAGUGUGAUUAAUGAAAAUCACAUUUUAGGUAUAUAUAAUUUAAUUUUUAAGUAUAUAUAUAUUAAUUUUUUACAAUCUAAAUAUAUAAUGCAAUAUAUUGUACAAAGAAAAGAACUGAAAAUAUCUUUAAAAUUGCAUAUUAAAUAAAUAUUUUUAAAUUAUGAAAAUUAUUUUGAAAAUGUUUCUGCAAUUAUAAUUCAGCUGUUAUUUAAACAAAGAAUUAUGUUUCAUAAAUAUGAAAACUGUAUUAUAUUGUCUAUAAUAAAUAUAUUAUUCAAAAUAA